AGCUCCUUCUACUUCCAUUGUCAUACUUCAUUUUCAUACUAACAGGCUCGGAAAAAUCCAGUCUUUGAAGCGAAGACGGAGGCGUUGUGUGCUCCAGCGCACUGGCGAUGUCGGUUUUGGAAGAGAAAGGUGGCCUGGAUUCCAACGUUCCGGUGGUGAAGAAGAGAACGCCGAGCUUGUCUGACAUCUGGGUGAAGAACGCCAAGUCCUUGAACCAUGUGCUCUUUACUAUGCAACUUCCGACUCUAUCACCUGAAGACCCCAAGUCGCAAACUCUUAUCCCCAAAUUUUCGAAUGUUGAUCGCACCCUUCUUUUGUCAGACGAUCUUCUCCUCAAAAUUCUGUCUAGGCUCCCUGUUUCGCAGAGAAACCCUAACUCUCUCGUCUGCAAGCGGUGGCUUAAUCUUCAGGGCCGACUUGUGCGGUCGUUGAAGGUGCUGGAUUGGGAUUUUCUUGAAUCGGGUCGGUUGUUUUUGAGAUUCCCAAAUCUGACCCAUGUAGAUUUGGUAAAUGGGUGUCUGUUUUCGCCGCGAAACUCAGGGAUUCUGGUUAGUCAUAGAAUGGGUUCGAUGCACGUGAGUUCUAGGUUUUCGUCCAAUUGGCGAAUUUGCGAGGAGAAUCUGUUGCCUGUGGACAUGGUUGACAGGGGUCUGAGAACGCUUGCUGGUGGGUACCCAAAUCUGCGUAAGCUUGUGGUGAUUGGUGCUAGUGAACUGGGGUUGAUGGGUGUGGCUGACGAGUGCUUGACAUUGCAAGAUCUGGAACUGCAUAAAUGCAAUGAUAAUGUCUUGCGAGGGAUUGCUGCUUGUGAGAAUUUGCAAAUUUUGAAGCUUGUUGGAAGUGUAGAGGGAUUGUAUAGUUCAAUUGUUUCGGAUAUAGGACUAACAAUUCUAGCUCAAGGGUGCAAAAGGUUGGUGAAGCUUGAGCUUUCUGGAUGUGAGGGUAGCUUUGAUGGGAUUAAAGCAAUAGGGCAGUGUUGCCAAAUGCUUGAGGAUUUGACUCUUUCUGAGCAUAGGAUGGAUGAUGGGUGGCUGGCAGCACUGUCUUACUGCGAGAAUCUGAAGACAUUGAGGUUCUUGUCAUGUAAAAAGAUUGAUGCCAGCCCAGGGCCAGAUAAGUAUCUGGGUUCUUGUCCAGCACUUGGGCGGUUGCAUUUGCAGAAGUGCCAGUUGCGGGAUAAGAAAAGCAUUAGAGCUUUGUUUAGAGUAUGUGGAGUUGUUAAGGAGAUAAUCGUUCAGAAUUGUUGGGGAUUGGACAAUGGCAUGUUCAGUGCAGCCAGCAUCUGCAGGAGAGUGAAGUUCCUAUCUUUAGAAGGAUGCUCAUUGCUAACAACAGAAGGCCUGGAGGCUGUGAUUCUCUCCUGGCAGGAUCUUCGGAGUCUUAGAGUAGUAUCGUGUAAGAACAUAAAGGAUGGGGAAAUCACUCCCGCACUCUCACUCUUUAUCUCUGCUCUUAAAGAGCUGAAAUGGAGACCAGACACCAAAUCUCUUCUUGCAUCAUGUCUUACUGGGACUGACAUGGGAAAAAGAGGAGGUAAAUUCUUCAAGAGAGCAUGAGGACCAAAAUCACUACCUGCAAAGAUUAGAAACUGCAUCUCAAUUGCAGGGCCAUUUUCUGACACCAUUGAUCCUUAUGUUCAGAAGCUGUAUCUGUAUGAUGUAAUAAGCACUUGAUUAUCUGGUUAACAUGGAAGUUGACUGGCGGAUUGUUAUGCAUUUUCUUUGCCUCUGGCAUGGAGGAAGGAGAUAAAAUUUGGAGACUUUUUGCUGGAUCCUGUUGAUUCUCCACUCUUGCUGGGUGCCCUGUUCACCGACAUUUCAAUCUGCCAAGUGCUAAUAUCUGUAGGAAUAUCUCUGUCCCUUUUAGUUCUGUAAGUAUAAUGGAUGGUUAAAAGCAAACAGAAUCAUUAGCUGUGUUUCUUAUUUAUAUUUUGGAAUUCGAUGCCCUGUAGAACAGCAAUGUACAAUUGUACAUCUAUGGAUUCAAAACAUAAUGCAUGUCCGGUUUGAGGGAAGUGGAGUAGAGGAAAAGGAAAACUAUUUCAAGCAAUCAAAUUAAGUCAUUGGCCUCAUGAUUUAAUCUGAUCAGUUGAAAUAACGUCUCUUUACUCCACUUUCUUAAGACCAAAUAUGCUUUUGUACAUUUGGUAAUUCACU